GGAGGAGGAUGCUGAGGAAGAGCCGAUCGAGGAGGAUGCCGUGGUGGAGCCCGAAGACUCGCCAGGCGGCAUCUCCACGCUGGCGGCCGCCGCGAAAGCCGCCGCGAGACUCGCCGCGGAAGGCGGCUCCUUGGAUUCUCCGGGCGAGGGAGUCGAGGUUGAGGAGGCACCCGAGCAGUUCAAGUUCAUGCGCCCCCGAGAUGCGGCGGAGCUGGCGAUGCGGGGCUGCAAGGAGGCGGCGCUGGGGCGGGCGCGGCCAAACAAGGUGGAGCUGGGAGAGGGCCAAAGCUGGCGCCUUCAGCUGGGGCGCCUGCACUCCAUCUCUGAGGUGGGGCCGGAGGCGGGGCGCGGGCUGGCCACUGGGUCCCGUCGCCUGGGGUUCGGUCGGAUCGCCUGA